AUGGCAAGUAAUGACAAGGAGAUCACGCGUGCAAUCUUCAACUUGGUGGAGCUUGGUGACUUCCAGGCCUUGAAAAGGUUCACGCCGUCGAACUUCGAUUGGCGCCAAGGCAAUCCCGAGGAUCAAGUGCCUGCCUUGCACUCGGCGAUUGUAUACGGCAUUGUUCCGAGAGCGUCCAGCCACGCAGACUUUUUGAAGAUUGUUUCAUGGAUGUUGCAGUCCGGAGCGGAUCCAGCGCAAUGCGUUCCGUCCACUGUACGUGCAACUCAAGAAGUCGCUACUUGCAAGCCGCCGGCCGCUAAAGCUGAAGUAGCAUAUGCUGGUCAUGCUGCGUUUUCACUUGCGACAAAGUGGCUCAAGACUCUUCGAAACCUGAAGGGGAACUGGUCUAAUGAAUGCGAGUACCUCACGGGCGUGAUGUCGCUGCUCACCAGCUCCAAAGAUACGAGGCGGCCGACAGUUCCAGUUGAUCUUCGGUUCAUCGACAUGUGGGAGUCUGUCCUCGACAUGACAUCCACGCAUAAUGUGACGAUCGAGACGGCAGACGGCCAGGCGGAGGUUUGGCCAAACAGUCUACAGCCUGCAAGCUAUGGCUAUCGUCCUAAAUAUGCUGUUUCUUUUUCAAAAAAGGCAAAGGAUAUUAUUUUUAUCCAGGUUCUCAGGGAGUAUGUCAAGCCCGACAACACUCAGACCGCUUCUAUUUUUCGGCCUCACCUACUAAUCUACACACACACACACUUUGUUUUGCCUUUGACUCACCUGGUGCUUCUUGUCUUGGAAGGCAACAUCGGUUCCACAGUUCAUCUAGGGUCUUGUUCGGGACAAUCGCCAGGUGACAGCCCAUGA